AGCUCUGAUGUUGCAAAACAAACGUGGAACGGUGCAUGUGUAUGCAAUAUAUGUUGGUGGAGUUUGCUGAAGAGGGGCUGCGGGGAGGGGGGGGGUGGAGUGGAGCAGCACACCUCCCCACAGAGCCUGGGAUCACAGCUCCAAUUGGAGCCACGCAGUGGCUGGAGGCAGCAGGGGGGGGAUCCCACUAUAAAUCCCCGUCCACAGCCACAGUGCUGCCCAUAGGGGCACAGUGUGCUUGGUUCUCCGGCGUCCUGCCUGCUCCUGGAGGGAGAAGGCCAAAGGGAUGCAGCCUCUGUUGCUUUCACUGCACCAAAAGGGAGCAACAGAGAGGAGCUCUCCUUCAACUGAGGGGUAGAAGUGGAUUGCAAGAUGAGCCGUGCAGGGAGAGAGAAGGAUUUAUGAGUGCUCAGUGCAGCUCAGAUCAAAGGCUGAGCCGGGACUGCUGCACCCCUGCAGGAAACCUGCACUGAGCAGGUGCGCAGGGACAGAGGUGACAACCUGCUGCAGCGCAGGGGGACACGCUGAGGAUUGGGAUGGAGCCAGGCUGGGGCUGGAACAGCUCUCACAGCAGUCGGACCAUGCGCAGCACAGGGCUGCAGAGCCCCAAGCCCCCGGUGGGGACCCCCAACCGGACCCUGCUGCAGGGCCGGGACGAGCAGCUGGCCAGGGCGGAGGUGGGGGUGCUGGCUGCCAUCCUGCUGCUGGCCACCGCGGGCAACCUGGCCGUGCUGCUGGCCGUGUGCCGCCCCGGGAGGAAGCUGAGCCGCAUGCACCUCUUCGUGCUGCACCUGGCGCUCAGCGACCUGGGCGUCGCGCUCUUCCAGGUGCUGCCGCAGAUGCUCUGGGAGGUGACGUAUCGCUUCGCGGGGCCGGACCCGCUCUGCAGGGCGGUGAAGUACCUGCAAGUGCUCAGCAUGUUCGCCUCCACCUACACGCUGAUGGCCAUGACGCUGGACCGCUACGUGGCCGUGUGCCAUCCGCUGCGCGCCCUGCGCCAGCCCGGCCGCCAGCCCUGCGCCAUGGUCGGGGCCGCGUGGCUGCUCAGCUCCCUGCUCAGCACGCCCCAGCUCUUCAUCUUCUCCCUGCGGGAGGUGAGGCCGGGUUCGGGGGUGCUGGAUUGCUGGGCUGACUUUGGAUCCCCGUGGGGUGCGCGAGCCUACGUCACCUGGACCACGCUGUGCAUCUUCCUCCUGCCCGUCGGCAUCCUCACCGCCUGCUACAGCCUCAUCUGCCACGAGAUCUGCAAGAACCUCAAAGGCAAAACGCAGAGCUGCAUCCCCACGGCAGGAGGGCUCCCCACCUCCAACCCCAGCUCCAUGUGCUGCAGUGAGAAGGGCGCGCAGUGCCCCGCCGGGCAGCCCUCCCGCGUCAGCAGCGUGCGCACCAUCUCCCGCGCCAAGAUCCGCACGGUGAAGAUGACGUUUGUCAUCGUGGUGGCCUACGUCGCCUGCUGGGCGCCCUUCUUCAGCAUGCAGAUGUGGUCGGUGUGGGACGAGGAUGCCCCCGACGAUGAGUCCGCUGACGCGGCUUUUACCAUCACCAUGCUGCUGGCCAGCCUCAGCAGUUGCUGCAACCCCUGGAUCUACAUGUUCUUCAGCGGGCGCCCGCUGCAGGACGCCGCACGAUGCCUGGCCCGAUGGGGCUGCCCCCCGCCCGCACCACACAGACAGGGCUCGGCCGGCAGCCUGUGCAGCAGGAGGACCACCAUCCUCAGCCACGGCCUCAGUGCUGGCAUCCCCCUGCACCGGGGCAGCGGCACCGACCUCGGCCCCCCCGAGGAGGAAGCAGUGACCGAGUCGUGCACGCUGUAGGCCACGGUGUGACGGCGUGGACAUUGGCACUGCAGAAUUCUCUCCCCACUUGGUAGUGUUGCAUUUCACCAGGAGCUGUGCGCUUAGUUCCGAACGCAUCACCAUCCUUCUUGUCCUCAUGGGUUUUGCUCCUGCGUGUGCUGCAUCUGCUGCGUGCAUCAGGGGGGUGGAUGCAGCCCCACCAGCCGUUGUUCCACGUGCAGCGCUCACCUCCCCAUGCACUGCGAUGCAUCCUCCCCUCUGCCCCACUCCCCUCCAUGCACAUCAACCCAGGCAUCUGCUGGGGGAUGCUGCAUCAGCACAUCUUUUAGGAGAGAGCCUUUUAUGAGAGUUUGGGGUGUUUAACAGCUGCCAGCAAAGCACUCUGAACACAGCAGGAGGCAUUGCAGCCACAUCUGCUCGAGAGCUCCUUGCAAUCACAUUGCCUGUCUCCCAGCCUCGUGGUUUUGCUGGUGGAGCAGCCAAUGCAAAUGGCUUCCCGCUGCCCUGUGGCUCUGCACAUGCCCCCAGGGCUGCAGCACACAUGACCACUACAUUGCAUUGCACUGCAUUGCUCUCUGCAGCAUUGCACUGCACCGGGUAUUUCCGCUCUGCAGCUCUGCAAUGCUCUGGGCAUUGUCCUCCACAGCACUGCAAUGCACCAGUGCAAGCACCCCAAAUUCAGCACAGACAUCACAGAGGAGACAUCUGGAAGAGCCCUGGCCCACCUCUGGCUCGCCCAGGCAUAUUCUGCCUCCCUUCCACCAAGUUUCUCCUUCCUGCAGUCAGCAGCCAUUGCACUGCGCUGCUGAACAGCUGCUGCACUUCAUUAAAGAGCUGCUCUCAAAUCGCUGCUGCUGCUUUUGUCUUAUUUAGCGGGGAGCAGAGCGCCUGCAUGGCACAGGACCUGGAGGCACUGGGAUUUCUUCCUGCUGGCCCUGCAGCAUCCCGGGUGAGCCAUGGUCCGUCACACUGAGCUGCCACUGAGUGGGAGCUGUGCUCACCCUGGGGUGGGCACAGCUCGGGUGGGGAGGAUCACCUCCUGCACCCCACGUUUGCUGCAGGGAAAGCAAAAGGUGGGAGACAGGGAAAAUGCAAUGCAGUGAUUCACUCACACACAUGUGCCAUGGUCACAUCCUGCAUCUCCCACAACCAGAGGGGGUUUAGAGCCCGAGCAGCACUCAGUGAUCACCAGCAGCUGAGAGGGGCAAUGUGCGCAGUGCAUCCCCACCUUGGCUGGGUGAUGGGGUGAUGGAGCCCUAAGGGGGUUUAGCAUCAAAGGAA